CAAUAAUUCCACACCCUACAACUUCACUUAGGUGCACCUCGUCUACUACCCCGUCGUUCACACUCUGGAAGACGGCUUCGUCCCGACUUCCUGUUCUCCCUUCAGACCAAAAGCCCUAACUACUCCAGCCCAGCCCAUCGAUCAUAAUGGCGCCCAAACGAGCUCUUUCCACCCUGUCCACCUCCCUCGAACGUCUCGCAGUAUCCCGAGCAGCCCCAAGUCGCCUCUCCCUCCCUGUCCAGAGAGUGAGACUACUUCCUUCGCGUCCUUGGCGGUCUCCGCGGUCAACCUGCAUGCCGCUCCGCCAGCCAAAACGGCAUUUCACCACGACCUUCGUCCGUCGGAAAGACGACUCCUCUUCUGACUCCAACUCCGUGUCGUCGUCGUCGUCGCAGUCGAGCCGCAUCUACGCCAUGUCCGACAUCCAGUCCCUCACGACCAGCCCGGACCCUCACCGGAUCCUAAUCGACGUGCGCGAGCCUUCAGAGCUACAAUCGACGGGCAAAAUCCCCGGCAGCCAGAACCUGCCGAUCAAAUCGGCGCCGGACGCCUUUUUCCUGCCGGCGGAGGAGUUUGAGGAACGGUUCGGAUGGCAGAAGCCUGGCCAGAACGACGAGGUGAUAUUCUAUUGCAAGGCGGGCGUGAGGAGUAGAGCGGCGGCACAGCUCGCGAGCCAGGCUGGGUUUGGUGGGAAGAUUGGCGAGUUUCCCGGGAGUUGGGUCGAGUGGGAAGGGAAUGGGGGAGCGGUGGAGAGGGAGAAAUAAAAGGCCAACAUAUGGUCAUAUGGUCGGAAGUUACAACGCACGUUGAUGGGGAUAUGUUGUAUACCUUGUGUGGUUGGAACUGUUCGGUGUCCUGGGGAGGAUCGGAUGAUGGGUUGAGUCAUUCUGAGACAACGUGAGAGGACAUGGCUGGGAUGUGCUGACGGGCACGGCUGAUGUCAAAAUGCAGUGGUGUAAGUACGACGAAAAGACAGGAGCACUUUAGAUCUGGCUGAGAUGGCUGAGAUGGCUGAGGCUGCUAUGUAGAAGGCCCAGCUUGCAGUUCCAACUCCGGCAGCAUCUCCAUAUCCAUGUCCACAUCAAUAUCCGAACCGUCGUGGAUCCCAGACGACCGUCCCAAUUCUAGACCUUUCAAGUCGCUAGCCAGCUUUCCCGGGGG